AGGCCCCAAACCCUACGACGGCACCACCAACCAACCCCCCUCCCCUCACCCCAAUCCACACCUCACCCCGGCGGCGGCGCGCACACCACCUGCUCGACAGAAGGCCCCUUAGGCGGCGGCGGCGGAGAGGAGGGCGCCGAGAUGUACGUCGUGAAGCGGGACGGGCGGACGGAGACGGUGCACUUCGACAAGAUCACGGCGCGGCUCAAGAAGCUCAGCUACGGGCUCAGCCAGGAGCACUGCGACCCGGUGCUCGUCGCGCAGAAGGUCUGCGCGGGCGUCUACAAGGGCGUCACCACCAGCCAGCUCGACGAGCUCGCCGCCGAGACCGCCGCCGCGCUCACCGCCUCCCACCCCGACUAUGCCUCCCUCGCGGCGAGGAUUGCUGUGUCCAACCUGCACAAGAACACCAAGAAGUCCUUCUCCGAGACGAUUAAGGACAUGUACCUGCACUACAACGAGAGAUCUGGGCUGCUGUCUCCGCUGAUUGCCGAGGAUAUCUAUGAAGUCAUCAUGAAGAACGCCGCUCGCUUGGACAGCGAGAUAAUCUAUGACAGGGACUUUGAUUAUGACUACUUCGGUUUCAAGACUCUGGAGAGGUCCUACCUCCUGAAGCUUGGUGGGGUUGUCGUGGAAAGGCCGCAGCACAUGUUAAUGAGGGUUUCAGUAGGGAUACACAAGGAUGACAUUGAUUCUGCCAUCAGAACUUACCAUCUCAUGUCCCAACGCUGGUUUACUCAUGCUUCGCCAACCCUUUUCAAUGCUGGCACCCCGAGGCCACAGUUGAGCAGCUGUUUCCUUAUCUGCAUGAAAGAUGACAGCAUUGAGGGAAUCUAUGAUACUCUGAAGGAAUGUGCUGUCAUAAGUAAAUCUGCUGGAGGAAUUGGUGUUUCUGUUCACAAUAUUCGUGCUAUUGGGAGCUAUAUUCGAGGAACAAAUGGAACAUCCAAUGGGAUUGUUCCUAUGUUACGUGUCUUCAAUGAUACUGCUCGUUAUGUAGAUCAAGGUGGAGGCAAGAGAAAGGGUGCCUUUGCUGUAUACCUGGAGCCCUGGCAUGCUGAUAUUUUUGAGUUCCUUGAUCUGAGAAAGAACCAUGGCAAGGAGGAGAACCGUGCAAGGGAUCUUUUCUUUGCUCUCUGGGUUCCUGAUCUAUUCAUGCAAAGAGUACAAAAUAACGAGGACUGGUCCCUUUUUUGUCCCAAUGAAGCUCCGGGGUUGGCUGAUUGCUGGGGUGAGAAGUUUGAGGAAUUGUACAAGAAAUAUGAAAAAGCAGGCAAGGCGAAAAAGGUUAUUCCGGCACAGACCCUCUGGUUUGACAUUUUGAAGGCACAGAUAGAAACUGGCACACCUUAUAUGCUCUAUAAGGAUUCAUGCAAUAGGAAAAGUAACCAGCAGAAUCUGGGCACAAUUAAAUCUUCAAACUUGUGCACUGAGAUAAUUGAGUUCACAAGUCCUGAGGAAACUGCUGUCUGCAACCUAGCAUCUAUUGCUUUACCACGUUUUGUAAGGGAAAAGGGUGUCCCAAUAGAGUCCCAUCCAUCCAAGCUUGCUGGUAGCAAUGGAUCAAAAAAUAGAUACUUUGACUUUGACAAGCUAGGCGAGGUUACUUCAACUGUUACUUUCAAUCUAAACAAAAUAAUUGAUAUGAACUAUUAUCCGGUUGAAACCGCAAGGAGGUCUAAUAUGCGACACAGGCCAAUUGGCAUAGGAGUUCAGGGCUUGGCAGACACAUUCAUGUUACUUGGCAUGGCAUUUGAUUCACCUGAGGCUCAGCAAUUGAAUAGGGAUAUUUUUGAAACUAUUUACUACCAUGCUCUGAAAGCUUCCGCUGAACUGGCGGCUAAAGAAGGCCCUUAUGAAACAUAUGAAGGGAGCCCUGUCAGCAAGGGCAUUAUCCAACCUGACAUGUGGAAUGUAGUGCCAUCGACCAGAUGGAACUGGCCAACUUUAAGGGAAACUAUUUCUAAAGUUGGAGUAAGAAACUCUCUUCUGGUGGCUCCAAUGCCCACUGCUUCCACUAGUCAGAUUCUUGGCAACAAUGAGUGCUUUGAACCCUACACAUCUAACAUAUACAGUCGGCGGGUUCUAAGUGGGGAGUUUGUUGUGGUUAACAAGCAUCUUCUCCAUGACUUGACUGAGAUGGGUAUCUGGACACCUGCUCUGAAAAACAAGAUAAUUUAUGAAGAUGGUUCUAUUCAGAAGAUGGAAGAAAUCCCAGAUGAUCUUAAAGCAAUUUACAAGACUGUUUGGGAGAUUAAGCAGAAAACUCUGGUUGACAUGGCUGUUGGUCGUGGAUGCUACAUCGACCAGAGCCAGAGCCUUAAUGUCCACAUGGAUCAACCAAACUUUGCAAAGCUUACUUCGUUGCAUUUCCAUGCUUGGUCCAAGGGCCUGAAAACUGGGAUGUACUAUUUGAGAACAAGGGCAGCUGCUGAUGCAAUCAAGUUCACUGUGGAUACUGGCUUUCUGAAGGUCAAUGGGGAUGCUAAUGGCACUAAUGGCAAACUAGCAGAGGAAGACGACGAAGCCAAAAUGGCGCAGGUCGUCUGCUCCUUGAACAACCGGGAAGAAUGCCUGGCAUGCGGGAGUUAGAUGCAUCCGUUGCAUCUAUUUUUCUCUUAACCAAGGCAGCCAUUACACAACCAAACGGUCUGAUCACUGGCGUUGAAUAAUUGAUAAGUGAGUCGUUUAUGUAGGUGUGGUUGGGUUCAAGAUCUGAUUGAGUUCCUUUGGUGGGCAGCCCUUGAUGGCUGGAGUUGCCAACGUUGGCUUGUGUUGUAUUUGUACUAUCUAAAAACAUGGGUUGCUGCAGCUGUAUAUAUAUGUAUCGUUGUUCGUGUUA